GGAUACACACAAUGGGAUGUGGACCAUCAAAUGCAGCUGUGCCGGUAACGGGCGAAGGGGUUUCAACCAUCUCUAAGCUUGUCUAUCCACGACCAGAAGCGUUUGAAAUUCCCCUCGGCGAUUCAGAGCAUCCGGAUAGUCUUAUCAAAAAGCAUCCACCGCGGCGUCUGAAGCGUCUCGAGGAACAGUCCAGCACGACGCCGAGCAUUGAAGAUUUGGAGGAAAAACUAGCGACAGCUGAAACCCGAAGACAACAGUUUCUAGCGAAUCGGUCCCAAAAAACUACCUUCGAUAAAGGGAGUCUGGAUGCGACGGAAAACGAUGCUAGUACAAUCCCUGAGGAGGGCGAAGAUGACCGAUCGGCAGAUGGCGUGCACACAGCCGAACAAGAUGGCGACGACUCGGGCGUGGAACGAUCCGCACCGCCAGAUAGCAACGGUCGCAGAUCAGCAUCGGAAUUGGAGGACGAUGAGUUCGAUCCUCAUCAUCAGCAACAGCUGCACGAUCAACGACGCCGCGGGUCGGACCUCAGCAUCGGGCACCUGACCAGCAUGCGGAUGAAGAUGAACCAAUAGAAAUCAGUUCGACAAUGGUGCAACAAUAACGUACGCCGCGAGGAUAACACGAGUAACGCGCAAAAAACUGUCCCAUUGCACACGAAAG